CCUUCUUCGGUCAUGUCGGGUCGUGGAAAGCAGGGAGGCAAAGUUCGCGCCAAGGCUAAGUCCCGCUCGUCCCGAGCAGGUCUGCAGUUCCCAGUGGGGCGCGUGCACCGUCUGCUCCGCAAGGGCAACUAUGCCGAGAGGGUCGGGGCCGGUGCCCCCGUCUACCUGGCCGCCGUGCUCGAAUACCUGACGGCCGAGAUCCUGGAGCUGGCGGGCAACGCGGCCCGCGACAACAAGAAGACCCGCAUCAUCCCCCGCCACCUGCAGCUGGCCAUCCGUAACGACGAGGAGCUCAACAAGCUGCUGGGCAAGGUGACCAUCGCUCAGGGCGGCGUCCUGCCCAACAUCCAGGCCGUGCUGCUGCCCAAGAAGACCGAGAGCCACCACAAGGCCAAGGGCAAAUAAGCCUCACCCGGAGUGGCAGAGAAACAA